GAUACAAGUGUGCUCUCCUUCAAUUUGUUCUCCCUCCCUCCCUGCUUGCUAGUCGUAGCAGCCAGGCUCACUAGUAAUGGCAUUCAAGGAUGAUGACAAGCCUCCUACUUCCAACGCCGGGAGCACCAAGGGUCUGGUGUCCAUCAAGGCGGUGAAGUACUUCAAGGACGAUGCGGCGCUGACGGCGGACACGGUGACGGCGGAGGUCGAGAUCAACGCCACAUCCUCCACCACCGUGAGGGAGGGGCUGGACCUGGUGGCCGUGCUCGACAUCAGCGGGAGCAUGCGCGGGGACAAGAUCGAGAGCUUGAAGAAAGCCAUGAUGUUCGUGAUCAUGAAGCUCACCCCCGUGGACCGCCUCUCCAUCGUCACCUUCUCCGACGGCGCCACCAGGCUCACCCCUCUGCGCUCCAUGACCCCAGCCGCCCAGAACGAGCUCAAGGCUCUCGUCGACGGCCUGACGGCCGACGGCUGGACCAACAUCCAGGCCGGCCUUGAGACCGGGCUGGCCGUGAUAGCCGACCGCAUCAACACCAAGGCUCGCACUGCCAACAUCUUCCUCAUGUCCGACGGGGAGCAGAAGCCCGGCGACGCCAGGCAGGUCGACCCCGGCAAGGUGGCCAUCUACACGUUUGGAUUCGGCAAGAACACGAACCAUCAGCUGAUGAGCGACAUUGCCACGAGAUCGCCGGGCGGGACCUUCAGCUCCGUGCCGGACGGGUCCACGGUGAGUCUGCCCUUCUCGCAGCUGCUGGCUGGUCUCCUCACCGUGGUGGCGCAGGACGUGGAGCUCACCCUGACGCCCAAGAACGACGAGGGCGAUGUGGACACCAUAGUGGUGGCCCCCGGCACCGACUACAAGACAACCACCGACGCUGCCACCGGCGUGAUCACCGUCAUGUUUGGCACCCUCUUCGCCGGAGAAGGGCGCAAGGUCGUCCUCACCCUGACGCUCAAGGACGUGAGCGCCACCUAUAACGAGGAGUACGACGCGCCCUUAGCCGAGGCCCAGCACAGCUACACCGCCCAGGCAAGACCGAGAGACCCUCAGGUCCCACAGGACAUCCAGAUCAAGCGCACCCCGACUCCAUCUCAAGCCCCUGGUGCGAGCAGCAAGGCGCGGCAGGUGCAGGCUGAGAUCGCCAGGCGGCAGCACGCCGAGGCCAUCAGGCAGGCGAGGUUGCUGGCGGACAAAGGCGGGCUCGAAGAGGCGCGGUACAAGCUGGUUGACGCGCAGAACGCGCUGGAGGACAUCGUGCUGGACAGCCUGGCCGACGGCCAGAAGCUGAUGGACUCGCUCCGAGCUGAGCUGGUGCAGCUGAUCAAGCUCAUGGAGACGACGGAGCUCUACAAGGCGAAGGGCCGCCCCUACGCCCUCGCCUCAGAGACCAGCCACGGCCGGCAGCGCUACUCCGCCAGGGGCGGCGACGAAGACGGCGACGUCCGCCUCUUCGCCACGCCGCGCAUGGACACGUACCGCGAGCAGGCCAAGAAUUUCGAGAAGGACCCCAGCGCGCCGGUGCCCGACGCCGACGAGGACGUCAAGAAGGAGGUUGCUGCCAACCCGCUCGCCGCCAUCUCCAACGAUCUCGCCUACUACCUCCGUAAUGCUAUCGAAGCGCUGCGAGCCAUCGAGAGGAUCGUCGCCCCAAGCACCUAGGGAGCUCUGCGGUCUUAUUAUUUCCUAUCCAAUCACGCACAUACUCGUUUCCUUUGAUUUCUUCUUAAUGUUGCCGUACCUACCUUUCCCAUAAGCGUGAUACCCAGUGUAAACGUAUUGUUGUCCUUGUUGUUUCAUCUCCAAUUCACAUUAUUUGAAUUCGAAAACAGCUUUGCUUCAAAUAAAUCUUAGUGGAGUAAAACCCUGAUGUUAAUUA